CUUUCAUGACUAUUUUCACGCAGUAAUCGAUGAACGGUUAACGUUAGCAUCUCCUGCUGUUCACCUGAUCCAACGCUGCAUCGCUACCAGAACCACAACGCUGGUUAGCUAGCAAGCUAACGUUAGCACAUAUUCGUGUUAGCUCGCAGCUGCAGUCUUUUUGAGGUUUCUUCUCAGCUAACGGGAGGUUAGCUAGUCUGCGGCUGUAUCCAGCAAGCACCGCAGUAAGCGGGAGUGAGGUGACGCUACGUGUGUUUCGAUUCUAAAGCUCUGACUGCAGACGAAGCCUACGUGUGGUUAGCGCUGCUCAGUUAAGUUGGACUAAAUAACCAGCGGACUGACGGCGAGCUAGCUGCUUACGUCGCGUAGCCAUCUCCAUGAAAAGACAAUGACAUCUGAGAGACAUGCAACGUCAGGUCGAACCGACUGGUUUUAAUGGUGAUAAGCAGGCAUGUGUGCUGAAGUGAUGGCCAAAAGGAACUCACCCUACAACCUUUAGUCUCCACCACAGUGUGCACGUUGUGGCUUUGACAGGAGGGCUACCCACACCUAGCUCGGAGAAACGAUCCCCACUAAAGUGAAAUGGGGUCCACUCGAGAGAUUCCUGCAGAAUCUUCCAGAAUCGCACCCCCACCCUCUCCUCAUCUCAGCUGUGCCUUGCCUUCGCCUCUGAUGCUCAUCGCCCUCAGCUGUCACUGCUGCAGCCUCCAUGGAUGCAGGUGACAGCAGAACCACCUCAAGGACAGAGAAAGAAAGCGUGUGAUGACCAGAGAGCUGUGUGGACUGGACAGAGAGCAGAUUCCUCACAAAGCACGGGCUGCAGGGCUGCUUAGCGCUGGACACCUGUGAUGGACGACAUCUGGAGGCUGGUGGCUGGUUGCCAUAGGCGGGCCAUGGGCAGCAGCCAGGCCUUACAAGGCUGUGCACCACUCAGAUAAAGUCUGGUGGCGGAGAUUGGAAUCUCCUACUGUGAGAGCGGUUCUCCUCCAGGUGCUGAGCAAAAAAAGAUUUUUCUUCAUAAUGAACACAGACAAACAUCCUGAAUUUGCCUCCCAAGAGGGAGACAGGAUGGACUUUUGCAGUGAUGCUGCAGAUAUGAGGUCACAGGAAGAGGAAGAGGAGAAGGAGGACAGCUGUUACAGUGAAAAUGGGAUACAGUCCGCGGAAGAUGGAAUGGAUCUGUGUGCGAUAAAAACGGAGGCAGAGGAAAUGGAAGAUAACGAGCAGUACCUCAAGGCUGAAAAAGAACGAGAGAUUGUACCAAAAGAGGAAGCCGAGGGGGCCAGUGAGGACGGCAUGGAGGAAGGACUCGACGAGGAAAGGACAGAGGACGACAAUGAUGAGGAGAGGGAGGGGGACGGGGAUGAAGAGGGUGAUGCCCUGAAUGAGCCGCAGGACCUGUCGCUGGUGGACUUCUCGCGCUACGACAGCGCCGCCCUGCAAGACGCCCACGCAGCAGAAGAGUCUGCAGAGGGGCCCCGCAGCCAGGCGACAGGCAAGCUCAACUGUGACAUCUGUGGCCUGUCCUGCGUCAGCAUCAACGUGCUGCUGGUGCACAAGCGCAGCCACACGGGCGAGAGACCAUUCCACUGCACCCAGUGCGGGGCCUCCUUCACCCAGAAGGGAAACCUGCUUCGCCACAUCAAGCUGCACUCGGGGGAGAAGCCUUUCAAAUGCCCCAUGUGCAGCUACGCCUGCCGCCGACGCGACGCUCUGAGCGGGCACCUGCGCACCCAUUCUGUGGAAAAGCCCUUUAAGUGCAACCACUGCAGUCGCAGCUACAAGCAGCGCAGCUCUCUUGAAGAACACAGAGAGAGGUGCCAUGUGUACAUCCAGAGCAAAGGCCCGGCGGAGAGAGCAGAGGACAGCCACACAUCCAGGAAUCAGAUGGGCACUGAGCGGGCUCUGCUGCUCGACAGGCUCGCCAGCAACGUAGCCAAACGAAAGAGUUCGAUGCCACAGAAGUUCACCGGCGACAAUGGUGUCUGCCUGGACCUGAGCUUUAACAGGGAGCUGGUCCACCAAACUGAUGUCAAGGACCCCCCGGGAGGAUCUCCGGGGCCCGACGGCCAACAUCAGCAACAGCCAGUCCUCACAGGCCCAGACGGCGAGGCGGCUCCCUCCCACAGGCCCUACCCCAUCCCGUUAGCCCGCAAUGACAUCAACCAUCUGGGCCUCACCAACGGCCACAAGAUGGGCAUGUCCCUCCUGGGCCUCCAUCACAACGCCCAGCCGCCCCUUUGCAUGGACUCAUACCACAAUGACAGCUCCCAAAUGUCCCAGCCCGUCAUGUACAGUCUAGGACACCUGCUGGGGGGGCUGAACCGCCAGAACGGCGUCCCUCACCCACACGCCCAGUCCAUCCCCUUGUCACCACUGGAGGCUUUGCGAGUGGCCCGGGCUGAGGGGGAGGCAGGGACGGGGGCAGCUUACCCCUGCAGCCACUGCAGGGUGAUUUUCCUGGACUACGUCAUGUUCACCAUCCAUAUGGGAUGCCACGGCUUCCGCGACCCGCUUGAGUGCAAUGUGUGUGGCCACCGCAGCCAGGACCGGUACGAGUUCUCCUCACACAUAGUCCGUGGCGAGCACCGCUUAGAAUUGAAGUAACUCUCAUUCACACUGAUGUUCAUGCUUGCACAGGCACAGACAUGCACACAAGCUUAGACACAGAUUUACUCAUAUCAGUAGCUGGUUGUUUUACAUAUAAAAAAAAGCAUAAAGAAGCAACUGUCUUUAAUGUGUGUGUGUGUGUGUGGUGUGUGUGUCUGUGUGUCUGUGUGUGUGUUUGUCUGUGUGUCUGUGUGUCUGUGCGUGCGUGUGCGUGUCUGUGAAAUCUUAAGAGAAACGUUAUGGGAGUAUGACUACUGUUAGAGUGACCUUAGUCUCCUUGUAGUCAUAAAAAUAUGACCUGUAAAAUGUUUAUGCAGUAGUUAUUCUACCUCCUUUUCAUACAUAUUUUCUUAAUUAUCCCUACGGACGCCGCUGUUUAUAUAACAUAAUACGUCACAUUCAUCUAAAAGUAGCACAAAUAAAUGCAUUUCUUGUGUAUCUGCUGUUGGUUUUCCUGUUAUCUCUGUAAAGGUGUACAAAUAAAAGAGAGCCUCUUCAGCUCUUCGUCACACGCAGAA